AUGACCGAAUCCAUAAUGCAACUUCUUAGUUUGCUCGACAAAAACAACGCCAAAUACGUAGCGAAGGGCAUAUCGGAAGCGAACAGACGAGGAACACUCUUCCUAGAUGCGAAAAACGCCACCACGGACGCAUUUAUGAAACAAAUGACAACAACUAUGAUGAAGAGAUCUACGCAGAAAGAAUGGACGUGCACCUGUACAUACCUAACACAGGUGUUCACCGGUAUGAAAGCACACAUGGCCGCCAACUGCCAGAAGACUGCCUAG